AUGCAAAAUAAAUUUAAUCAUGCUUAUAAUUUAAUUAUCACAAGUAAAUAUUAUAUGGUAUUCUUGAGCACUUAGCUUAUUGUUUCGGUUUGCGUUCUUGUUUAUAUACUUUAAAAUCCUGCUGAGAAUUUAAAAAAGCCAGUAGUUUUAAUUGUUGAAGUUGUUUUAGCUAUCACUAUACUGUUAGACAUACUUCUUAGAUUAAUAAAAGAAAAGAAAGCAUUUUUUAAUGAUUGCUGGAAUCUAUUUGAUAUUAUUUCCCUGAUAAUAAUAAGCUCACUGCUUAUUAUAUUUUAUUAAAAUGAAUAUCAUCUAAGCGAAAUAGAAAUUAGCAAAGGCAUGGAAAAUGAUGAUAUAAUUGGUGUUAUUCUUAUCUCAUUCCGCUAUAUAAUUCAAAUAUUUAGAAUAUGCGCUUCAAUCAGAAAGUAAAAUUAAAGCAGAAUUCUCAAUAAAUAAGUAAAGGAAAUCAAUCUUUAAGAUUUUUAAGUAGAGAAUACAAAUAUCAAAGAUAUACAAGCAGAAAAUUUUUAAAAUCAUUUAGAAAAUAUUAAUAAAAUGAAUUCGUAAACAAAUAGAACAUAAAACGAUUCAGCUAUUAAUCAUAAACACUGA